AAAUAAUAAGGAGAAGAUUUGAAAAUUAAGCUAGGAAAAAAAGAGCAAAUUGUGCACCGUGUGUGGCUGCGCGGAGCGAGUGCUGGGCAUGGGUGCUGGCCGGGGUGGGAGGGCAGCGGCGGCGCGGGGUUCAGUGGGCAGGAGUCCUUCUCCGGGGUGGGAUGUGUUUGUUGCUGCUCACGAGUGUCUCCCUCACACGCCACUUGAACGUCCAUACGAAAGAAAUUCCCUAAUAACUGAGUUUGUUGUGUCGCUGUUAAAUCGAUAUGCUCUAGUUCACUGGCCAAGUGAUUUAACUGAUAAACUGUAAGUGUUGGUGGUAAUAUGGCCAAAAUGGAGAAGCCCGUCCGAGGAGAGGAGGAAAAGAGCGAGGAAGAGGCGGCGAGAGAGAGUGGCAACGAAACGGCGGGAGGGGAAGACGAGGUGGACAGCAAUAACAAUAACGAUGACAAAAAUCAAAAUGUCGCACCCAGCAACAAGUCCUCGGGAACAUCCAACGUCAAAUACCAGCUUCGGCCCCGCGCCCUGCACCCACGUCGACGAUGUGACAGCGAGUGGACCCUCCAGGACACGCUGCGGCACAAGCCUCGGCCACCGCCGCUGUCCCGCUACCGCAGGAAGACUGCCAACGCACGCGAGCGGUGCCGCAUGCGUCAGAUCAACACAGCUUUCGAGAGCCUGCGGGGCGUCCUGCCCUCCUGGGUGUGCAGUCGCCGCGCCGCCGCAGACAUGACGAAAAUCACCACGCUGCGCCUCGCUUCUGCCUACAUCAGGUCCCUUCAAGACAUUCUGGACGGCAAUGCCCCUGAAGACACUUGCUCCUGGGUGCUCUCCAGCAUCCUGGGGGAGGCCGCCCCCAUGCCGGACCCUCAGCCUGGUCACCCUUGCAGCCCCGGCAGAGCGCAGCAGAUUCUGGGGCUUACACCACCUCAGACGGACUUCGUCACCUUCCUGUGUUCCGGCCCCGAGUCGCAGGUCCUCCACGACAACAUGGACUCCCUCUCCUCACUGUCACCCAUGUCCGAGACGGAGGCUGUCGCCCUCCUGCUGGGGACGGAGACUCAGCCGCGUCCCUGGCUGGACGGGCAGCAGUCCCCGCUGGUGUCGUGAUAGCCAAGCCUGGCGCGUUGCUCACGCUGGCCUGGCCAGCACCGACCCGAAGUGAACUAAAGUCAGGCUGUCACGACAAGGGUGGCGGAUGUAGCUGCUGCUGCUGCUGCUGCAUCUGUUGAUUCUAAUGGAUCUUAAUGUGAUACUAUAAGUUUCUAUAACCUAAACUUUGCCCAAUGCAAAAUGAGGUGAACCAUUCCUUGUGUUGUUGUGGAAACAAAACAGAGACUAACAAAGGAAAAAAAGAAGUGCAAAUUAUAAAGUAUAAGUUUUGUGUUAAAAAGUGAACAAACUUGUGAAUAUUUAUGUUUCACCGUCUGGAAUUUCACAGUAACGAGCGUGUACACAGACUGUAAUUAACGGCCGAGUCCCUCGGAAGCCGCUCUUGUGUGUGAAAACAUUAACCCGCCACGACAGCGCUGAGGUCUUUUAUUGGGGUCAAAGUGGACUCCACUGCGAUUCUGAAUAUGCCUCGCUACUACUAAGCAAGAAACUACUGAUGUGUGAAAGAUAUUGAAAGUCACGUCCUUUAUUUUAUUCAGUUAUUUAUUUAGUGAUAGGUAGACUUCAGAUUCUGAUGCUGAGCUUAGGGGCGAGUCUGGUGGACGAGGAGCUGCAGCGGCCGGUGGUGCUCGAGGGUGACACGGGGCCGGGGGCGUCACGUCAGGCUGGGGCGGUCAAAGCUGGACCGAGGGAGGCUGCCCCGCGAGCUGGUGGGGCGCCUCCUCAUCCUGGAUAGUGAACCUGAUCUGAGGUCUUUUUGUUAAAUUUUCACAAUAGGUCUUUCUAAUACUGUUUGUCUGCAUUUACAAAAUUGUUUUAUUUAAGUUGAUGAGAUUACUUGAUGUCUAGUUACUUUAUAUGUUACAUUAAUGAAGUAAAAGACAACUAAAUAUAGCUGACCAUAGGCCACACGAGCAGGGUCACGCUGCACCAGUUCAAGUGAUGGAUGUAGGCAGGCGAGGCUCUUCUCGCCCGGCACUCGCUGGCCGCCGGGAGGAGUUACUGCCCUGCCGAGGUUAUCGUCAUGAAGUUGAGUUGUUGACAACCACGUUGUGGCCACCCAUGAGAUGAUGGUCCUCAGUGCUUCGUGUUAAUUAAUACUGUUAUUACUAGUGAUCGCUUAGUUAAUGUGUUAUGAGGGAAAGGAGACGGGCAGUAAAUCUAUGUAACGUGCCACCAGCCUACGUGACUUCCAGCGGCACAGGGAGAAGUGUGCUGGGGUGCUGUGUUUUGUAGUCUUCAUCAGCUUCAUAUAGUACUAAAUUAAAACACUUAAGUAAUAUUAGGAAAGAUGUACCCUCCUCUGGCUCAUGCAGUGCCGGCUUAGGGUGAGCAAAAAUCAUCACCAUGAAGAGGCUUGGCCAAGGUACAUACCGAACAGGAUUUCCCUUGAUGUCCGCGGUCAGGACGCCUCGUGUAAGGUGACCACGACACACGCCUCCCGCUGUCCCGCAGUGCACCGGCUGACCGGGCCACAACCCGCCGUCCCUCCCUCACACUCUAGUCAGCUCGCGUGUGAGGAGCCGCAGCAGCAGCAGCGGCAGCACCAGCAGCUCCAGCAACACCAACAUUCAACAUUUAAGGUGUCCACGAAACCAGCCUCAUGCCCGGCCAAGCGUUGCUGCCCCACCACAACACGCCCGUCGCUAUGCAUAUGCUUAACGUAUAGCACGUCAUAAAUUAUUGGCUAUGUUUAACAUAUUCAAAUCAUCCAAGAAACUGGCCUUUGAUUCUACAUCUAGCUUUCGCCUUGAUUCGCAUAUAUGUAGUAUUGUAUUUAUUUAUAUCGCCUUCAGCAGAGAAUUUAUUGUCUUUGAGAUUCAGUAAAGUUUGUAAUAGAAAAAACAAGUAACGCUGCAAUGAUAUCGUACCCGUAGUGUAAGCGCUUCCCAUGACAACUGCAUAGCAUAGUGUGUAUAUAGAUGUGUUCUAUGGGGUUUGUGAGUAGGGUAGAAAAUAGAUAUAUAUGUAUUGUUUGUAAAUAGAGUCGUUUGUUUUGUGAGAGGGUCUAUGAUGUUAUACGUAGAAUAAAUGGGGUUUCUUAGUAA